AUGUCUCAAACUCGCCAGCCAAGGAAUCCACAACACCAGACAAGCACCCAAACAUCUCAAGACUUGUCGCUUCCAGGGACUCUUCGGUUGCGGGGCGAGGAUGCUCCCAGCGUCAGCCCCGAGCCAUCCUCCUCUCGACGCAUUAGAUGGAGUGAAGAUGUUGUAGAUAAUGAAGGCAUGGGGAAAAAAAGCUCUAAAGUAUGCUGUAUCUACCACAAAGCUCGACCUGUGGGCGAGAGUAGCUCCGAAGAAUCUUCCUCCAGCUCGUCCGAUUCAGACAGUGAUAGUGAGACCGACUGCCGCAAAUCCAGGUCAACCCAUCACUCGCACCCGAGAGGACGGGGACCAGCAGGGGAGGGCUCGUCGGAUCAGUCACAAGACCAGACUUCAGAUGCUUGCACACAUCAACAUCGCCACCGUCACACUAAGCUCAAAAGGAAACCAAGCCCGAAUGCCUAUGAGAAGAUGCCCAGAUCAUCGAAAAAUUCAUCCCGAGGCACAUGA